GGCUACUCCGUGGACCUCUGGCACGUAAUGCAACAGCGCCUCAACUUCACGUAUAAGGUGCGCAAAACCCUCUUCGGGGUGCUCCAGCCUGACCAGGUCACCUGGAACGGCAUGGUGGGGGAGCUGCAGGCCUCCAGAGCCCACGUGGGCAUCGCUCCCCUGCGCAUCACAACCUUCAGGCAACGGGCCAUCGACUACACCAUACCCACGAAAGUUCUGCAAAACCGGAUCUACCUGCGCCAGCCUGACGUCGAGGCGAGUUGGAACUUGUACGCCGAGCCGUUCAACGCCAUCCUCUGGACCUGCGUUCUGGGCUUUAUAUUCGUCGUCGCUCUCAGCGCCCGCCUGUUGCACGUCGUUGCCGCCAGAGCUCACCUCACGAAUGAGGUCGUCUCUUCCUCUGACGUGUUUUUCGACGCUUUCGCCAGCCUCGUCCAGCAGUCUGGCACACUGAACCCGGAGACGUCUUCGGAACGUCUGCUCUGGUUUUUCGUGUACUGGACAUCAGUUCUGUUGUUCACGAGCUACUCAGCGGUGCUGAUCGCCCUGCUCACAACUGUGAGGCCAACGCUCCCCUUCACUGACUUUGAGUCUCUCCUGCUCAGGCCAGACUGGAACCUCGUGAUUGUGCAGAACCGCGCGCUCAGCGAUUACCUGGCGCUCGCCCCAGAAGGAUCUACCUUGAAGAAAGUCUGGGAUAAGCACGUCAUGAGUGACCCAGCCAAAAAUAGGCCCGUUGCAAUGGACGCUGCUGUCGCUCUCGUGUUGCAGGGUAAACACGCCCUCUUAGUGGCUGAAGAAACAAUGGCUGUAGCGAUGCACAUGAUGCCAAAAGAAGACGCGUUCAAAAUCAUCCACACUGGCAAGUAUUUUUUCAAUUCCCCGGCUGCCUUUUCUGUGCCCAAGAACUCGCCUUACCUGGAACUCUUCAACCACGUUCUGAGCAGGAUGCGUGAGAGCGGCCAGAUGGGGCGGCUGCUGAACAAAUGGAAUCGUGAGCUGGUGCAGCCCCCGUCUGACAUCUACCCGUCCCCUGGCCUCACUGAGACGUUCGUGCUGUUCCUGGUGCUGGGCGUGGGGAUCCUUGUAAGUUGCGGCAUAUUGAUAAGUGAGCGAAUCAUCGUGGCCAGAUCCGCCCCCCGUGCCACGAGGCCUCCCUCCCUGGACCACUCCACUACGUGGGUGCCCACAACCGCGCGAGUUGAUGAGGCCCCCUCCCGCCCCACCUCCCUCCAAUGCCCCCCAAAGAACCCCAAGAACAUAAAUGCAGUUCUAAGACAAGACCCCUCCUUUUUGGGGGUGGUUGAGAACCUAGAACCCGACCCCCAAUCCCCCCCAGUCACGGCACGACUCGUCCAGGCCGUGACCACGACCAUCUUCGUCGGGUCGAUGGCGACCAUCGCGCUCACGGUCGUGGGGCUCCUCAUGUCGAUGGGGGGCCAGGAGCACCUGCUGUGGGGGGCGCUGACGGCGCUCCUCUGCCUCGCCACCGCCGCCCUCGUCCGCUGGUCCGGACACCCGCCCACCCACACCGCCGUGCUGCAAGGUGGGUGCUGCAAGGUGGUGCUGCAAGGUGGUGCUGCAAGGUGGUGCAAGGUUUGCUGCAAGGUGGUGCUGCAAGGUGGUGCUGCAAGGUGGGUGCUGCAAGAAUAA